GCUACUUCUUGCUUGGAAUUCGCCGGGUGUCACGUUCCUAUUUCGAAUGUUUCUGUUACUUGAAAUUCGUUGUUGAAAGUUACGAUGGAUGAUCGGUUAUUCGAAACGAUGGAACGAUUAACUUUAGAGAGAGAGAGAGAGUUUUCACAUGUUCCGAUAGGAUGCGUCGAAGAUCCAGGAGGAUGCAAAAGAUGCAGAGGUGACACGUGCGCGAGAUGUGCUGUCCUAUUACACAAAGGAACCUGUGUCGAUAGCUGUCCACCUGGUCACACAGCCGACUGGUCGACAAGAGAUGAAUAUAUGGGCAGAGUUUGUAAAGAGACUGGUUACAUCUUUGGGCUGACCGGUAGUCAGGUCGCUAUCUUGGUGGGAGUUGUCUCCGGUGCAACCAUAUGUGUCUUCAUCGUACUAUGCGGCGCAAUUAUCGUUCAUAGAAAGAAAAAAAAGGCGACGAAGAUCGUUCGGCAAUUUGAGAACAGUGCUGAGAGAGGAGAAUUCCUGAAGCAUCUUGCAACGUUAAGAGGCGAGGGACACACUUUCCUUUCCAUGCUAAACGACACAAGAAGACAAGUUAGAGAAUUAUAUUACUCCGGAAGUAACGGGGAUGGCGCCGUUGGCAUUCAAGCGUACAGACCCGUUCUUCGCGACCUCGCAAGGAUAUUAGUCCUUGUUAACAGAAAGGACGAGGAUAUACAGUUACCUCCCGAUGACUGGCAGAGAUUAUUAUCUUGGGCAGAACGUUUACUCAGAAGGUACAAGCGACACAGUAGCCCAGAAGUGGCUCAACUCGUGACAUUCCUGCAGCAUCCAACAACGUCCGUCCAAACGAAUCCAACGGAGUCGGUUGUGAUAACUCCGCCGUCUCAAACAUUUGAACCUAGAAGUACGCCAACCAAUCUCACAACUUUUCAAGCGAACUUACCACUCGCCACUUUUCAAGCGAGCGACAAGUCCAGUAUUAGUCCGGCAAGUUCGAGUUUAGGAUAUGCCAAGGAUAGUCCACUUGGUUCGAGCUUAGGACAAAACAGUUCCAUGCCCUAUCACGACAAACUCACUCGAAACGAGUCUACGAUGGGACAGAUGACUCCUUUGGUAUUCGGCACCCAAAAAAGGCUGAAAUCAAACGGAUCGCAUUUUCAGGAAUUAGCCAUUUCGGUGUUCAAUAAUCAUAAUGGCGGUGCUACGUUACCAGAUAUCAAUCGUGGAUCUAAUGGUCGUGAAACGAGCGUUCUCGAUCGAGAAAUUAAUCCUCAAUGGGAAUUUCAAAGCGCUGUAGAAGCUGCCAACUAUACCAUAUUGUCCGAUAGAUUACCCGAUUGCGACUACCUCAUAGAUGAUUUCACGAUCCUUGGCUUCAGGCCACAGGAUGAAAUAACUACCGAAUUAUAAACAUGUUUAUAUCGAUAUUGUAUAAUAUCAAUAUGAAACGUCGUACCUAUGAAAAUAUUCAAUUAUAAAAAUCACAGAUACCAUAACGUUUCAGCUUUAACGCGACAAAAUUUUAUCCUGCUUUUAAUGCACGAUACACAUCAUUCAUAUCAACGAUCUAUAACAUUUUCCCGAUUUAUCGAAAGUAUGAAUCCUUAUUAUCAAAGUUAUUAAACAUAUCCAGUUAUAGUAUAAUGAGAGGAGAAAUUUACAGUGACACCAAAUAACUAUAAGGAAGUUAUGUAUAAAUAUUCAAUUUUAUUUAACGAUCAAGUUGUUGUACAUGUUUAUUAACAAUUAUUGUAUAUAUUAACAUACUAGUCAACGUCUUAAUGUGGUUUUCUUUUUUUUUUUUUUUUCUCAAUUUGUUGUCGCUCUAAAUUAGGUGACCUCUAAUUGUAAAUUUAUUUCGAUGAUUAUGAAUUGAAUAUAUCCGAUCAUUUAUGAAUUUUAUUUCUUAAUAUAAAUAUUAAGAAUUAUUAAACAAAAAGAAAAAAAAAAAAAGAAAGAAAAUUAAUAAUUUAAAGUGAUUCGAAUCAUUUCUCUUUCUUAUUAUGAAAAACUCAGAUAUAUAAUGAAAAAUUAAUAAUCAUUAUGCACAAAGAAAUGUCAAUCAUACAAAUUUCGAAUAUUCUAUUAUUUGUGUGUAUGUUUUUUCUCAAUACUUUGGAAAUUGUCGACGAGAGUGAUUUUUGAAAAAAAGAAAAAAAAAAAAUUAAAAAUAGAAAAAAGAUUAUAAGGCAGAUUAUAAUUGAUAAUUUAUAAAUAUUUUAAUCUUUAUCAAUGAAAAAUUUUUGUUCACCUUUGUCUACAAUUUUUAAAGCAUUCUACGAAUGAAUGGAAAUAUGUAUGUGAUUAUUUAAGUAAUUCAUAUCAUUCCAUAUUUGUGUCUGGCCAAAUCGAUUCUUGUACAAAUCUUUGUAAAUGUAAGUGUAAAUACCGAUGAAUAUUUUUAGUAAUAAAUUUAAGAAAAUACAACAAAUAUAUAAAACAUACUCUCGCAUUUAAGAAAAAA